AUAUGUUCCUUUGUCCUCGAUAGUGAAGCUUGAAUCGAAUUAACAACAAUGGCCGUUGUGGUUGGCUGUCAGUGUAAAACUUUCGUAUAUUAUGUAUCGAAUGACAGUUUUUUGCCGAUUCAAAAUUUCUGUUGUUAUAUCACAUUGAUCAAUUUGUAAAUAUAUAAAUUCAAUAGAAUCGGUGACAGAUGAUGAUUUUUUAAUAUACUCAAGUUUCGCGGUAUCAACUAGUUAUCAUCAAUGACCAGCUGACAAUGUUUUUCAAUUAGUAUAAUUCAGUGAGAUACUCGUGGUUAUUCGAAGAUGUUUAAAACAGAAGAAUCCUCACGAGGUAGCUUCCUUCAGCAAACAAAAGCAGCGAGAGAAGAAAGAGCUCAUGAGAAAGAUAGGGAAGCUGCUGUCAUUGUUAUUCAAGCGUAUGUUAGAGGAUGGUUGGCUCGUAUCAGAUUUACCAAAAAGAUUCUAGAGGAAUUCGAUAUCAAUUUUCCUGAUGAUUGUACAAAGCUGGAUGCAAACAUAGAGUUGCAGCUUGCGUUGCAUAUAUACAGGGUUACUUCUAGAUUUUUGAUUAUUUAUAAGAAGGAAAGGGAUCAAGAAAGAAUAGAAAAAUUGUGUAGAUACCUUGUGCAAACUCUUCAAUCAGAGUCCCCAAAGUUCUCAUAUGUAGGUGUGGCUCUUAACAAGGAUCACUACAUAUCAUGGAUAUUGCAAAUGAAAACAAUUUUAAAUCAUUGUCUCAUUGGCUUGGACAGCCUUAAACCUGAAAUAAGUUCUGACCAUACGUCCAUCCUAUUGAGAUUAUAUACAUUAGUUAGUUUUACGUCAACAGCAUCAUGGGCAAUAUUAAAGGUAGAGAGCAUGGAAAAACUUAGAACUGGUAUGAGCCAAUUAUGUGCAAACAUAAUGGGGCACCUUGUUAAUAAUGGCUUUUAUGCUAUUAUGCAGACAUUACUAGUAAAAGGAUUAGGUAGAGCUGAAGUUUCAUCGAUAUCAGUUGCACUCUCUGCAGCUGUGACGUUAACUUUAAGACCAUUGAUAUCCUCUCAAAUGUCAGAUAAACUAGUAUCAUUAUUUUUAAUUAAUAUUUUUAGUGUCCCUGCUUUGGUUUAUCACUUGAACAUGUUAUGUCCGGAGUGCAUUUCAUCCUUUAUUAUGCACAAUUUAUUUGCAAGAAGUUUGGAACUGUUAAAUUCAGAACAAAAUUUGAGGAUAGUUUUUAAUGCACUGGAGGGUAGUUAUGCACUUUGUUUAUUAUCAAAUUUGAUACAGUUAGCAAAUAUUGAAAGAGAAGAAGUCCUGAGGGAUUCAUAUUUUCCUUCAUUCACGUUUGUUGUUACAAAAAUGCUGGAGGCCUGUCAACAGUAUGUAGUGGCCAAACAAAGUAACAUAACUCAUUGGCAUCCAAUUCUUGGUUGGUUUGCACAAUCAGUGGAUACUCCUUUACAAGAAGCUAUUCCUUAUGUGACAUCACAAUUAGUUUGCCUAUGGACUGGUAGAAUUGUCUUACAAUUAAUUGGUCAACCAUUAACCGAACUUGUUGGUAAGGAAGCACCACCACAAUUGGAACAACAAAGUACAUCUAUAAGUACUAAUAUUUUCCGUCGGGCAUUUUUGGAAGCACGCACAAAUAGAAAUAAUAGCAAUAAAAAUUAUAGAAAAUUAGGAAGUCCCGAAUGUACCAAAAUUGCCCUGAUCUGUUCUAUGUACCAAACUGCUCUUCAUACUCUUACACAAAUGAAGCAAGAUAUAUUAACGGGACUUUGUUAUCAAGACAAAAUUUUGUAUCAUAUGUGGUUAUUUUUGGGAACAUUAGGACCACACUGUGGUUUAAAAGCAUUUUUAGAUCACUUAGCGGCAAAUACAAAAUGUACAGCACCAGAAUUUCAAAUGUUGAUAUUGUUUUGCGAUUGUAUGACACAUUAUGUUACUAUAUUAGACGACAUGGAGAUGUACGAACAGCAAGAUCCCUUUAAAUUAUCGGAUUUUAUAACAAUGUCAUUUUUUUUGAAUCAAUUUUUGUACAGAGCCGUUCUUAAUAAUCUAUUCGAUGUUACAGAUGUGAAAACAGUAUCUAACAAUCCGUUAUUUACAUCACUACAUACACUUUUAAUGGCGAUUUAUCGUCGGGAUUGUAGAAGGCCUUUUUGUCCGGAAGGACAUUGGUUGGCGAAGGAAGUACGAGUAUCUGGUUUCUUAGCUGAUUUAGAAAAGAGAAGAGGUGGUGCAGCACUUUUGUUAUCAAAAAUGCCGCAUGUCAUACCGCAUUCCGAAAGGGUGGUAUUAUUUCGAAAGCAUGUUGCCAACGAAAAAGCUGUUAUGGGUUUAACAGAAAGUGCUUGCAACAGUCCACCAACUACGUUAAUAGUUGUUCACAGAACACGUAUAGUAGAGGAUGGUUAUCGGCAAUUAGCUAUGUUACCUCCUCAAGCAUUGAAAGGUGUAAUCAGAGUACGGUUCGUGAACGAACAAGGUUUAGCAGAAGCUGGAAUAGAUCAGGAUGGUGUAUUUAAAGAAUUUUUAGAAGAAACGAUAAAAAGGGUUUUCGAUCCGUCAUUAAAUUUGUUCAAAGCUACAAGUGAAAAUCGUCUUUAUCCUUCUCCAACUUCCUCAAUGCAGGACAAUCAUUUACAAUUGUUCGAAUUCGUUGGACGGAUGUUAGGCAAGGCAGUUUACGAGGGAAUCGUUGUGGAUGUACCAUUUGCGUCAUUUUUUGUUUCACAAUUUUCUGGACAAGCAGGAGGAACUUUAUACAAUUGUUUGGACGAGCUUGCUUCGUUGGAUCGAGAUCUUUAUCGUAGUUUAACAUUGGUUAAACAUUACAAAGGCGAUGUUAGACAAUUAGAAUUAACAUUCUCAUUAGAUGAGGAUGUUAUGGGAAAAUUAGUAACCCACGAAUUGAUACCUGGUGGACGUGCCGAGGCAGUUACUAAUCAAAAUAAAAUUCGUUAUAUACAUAGAAUGGCACAUUUUAGAAUGCACACUCAAAUAAAGGAACAAACGGCAGCUUUUAUAAAAGGAUUUUGUUCUAUAAUCAAUCCCGAUUGGUUAUCAUUAUUUUCAACGCCAGAAUUACAAAGAUUAAUUUCGGGUGAUAACGUCCCGUUGGAUCUACGUGAUCUACGUAGGCACACGCAAUACUAUGGUGGUUUUCACGACAGUCAUAGAGUAGUAUGUUGGUUGUGGGACAUCCUCGAGAAAGACUUUACCGAGGAAGAAAGAGGGUUGUUUUUGAAGUUCGUCACAAGCUGUUCGAAAUCACCCUUGCUUGGAUUCGCUCAUCUGGAACCAAGAUUUUCAAUACGUUGCGUUGAAGUUGGCGAUGACGAGGAUACAGGUGAUACAAUUGGCAGUGUGAUACGUGGAUUCUUUACGAUACGUAAAAAGGAUCCUCAAAUUCGAUUGCCUACCUCCUCUACGUGUUUCAAUUUAUUGAAACUACCAAAUUACCAGAAAAAGAGUACGCUUCGUGAGAAGUUACGUUAUGCUGUGACCAGUAAUACAGGUUUCGAGCUUUCUUAAUCUAUGAGCUGUUGAUGGAAUGAAAGCAGCACAAUCAGGGAACUAUAACUCGAAACGCAGAGCGAAAAUCGAAAGUGAUCGAGCGGUGCCUAACUGAUAUACCCCGUGUUUCAAUAUAUGACAUGACCUAUAUAAAAGAGGAUAUAUAUAUAUAUAUAUAUAUAUAUAUAUAUAUGUAUAUAUAUAUAU